GAAGAAAGUUUGUCCAAGUAUCAAUCUCCUUUCAUAAGAAAGAGGCAGAAAUAAGAUUGAAGAAAAUAGACGAGAAAACGUGAUUUCUCUCUGCCUUAGCUUAAAAAUCUAAGGCAGCAGAGAGAAAUCCCUCUGCAUCAUCUGAAAAGAUGGCCUUCCAAGACUUUGGUGAUUUGUCGGAGCGCCGAAGACGAGAGAAGCAACAAAGGCUGAAACAGAAGAUUACAGUUGCGGUAAUCUCAGUUUUAGUUCUUAUUCUCAUUAUAGCAUCUUGUGUUGUAGCCAUUGUUUAUCGAUCCGGACAUAACACGAAAAAGCAAGAAACUGCUGGAACCACAAAACAGGUUACCCAUUCCACAAAUCGGAUCAAAAUGAUAUGCGAUGCAACCGAUUUCAAACAAACAUGUGAAAGUAAGCUAGGUAACAUAAUGAGUUCAAAUUCUACUAACCAUCCUAAGGAUCUUCUCAAAGCUGCAAUCUUUGCUAUCAUUGAUGAGCUCGAAACUUCUUUUCUCAACGUGUCUUCGAAAUUUAAAACGGAUAAUCCUGACGAGAGUAAGGCGCUCGAAGAUUGCCAUGUUCUUCUAGGAGAUGCAAUUGAAGAGUUGGAUGCUUCCGCGGAUCACGUUGGUGGUGACGAUAUUGAAAAGCUCCCACAAAGAACCCAUGACUUAGAUAAUUGGCUAAGUGCUGUCAUGUCUUACCAAGAGACGUGCAUUGACGGAUUCCCGGACGGGAAAUUGAAAUCCGAUAUACAAAAGGCAUUUAAAACAGCAAAAGAAUUGACUAGUAAUUCUCUAGCCAUUGUCUCGGAGAUGACCACAAUUCUAUCAGCUCUUCAAGUACCAGGGAUUACACAUCGUCGCCUUCUAGGGAAAGAAGAAGAUGAUGAACUUUCUACUAUUGUAAAAGAUAAACGUCCUAAUUGGAUGUCCCAUGAAGACCGUAGAGCUCUACAACAGGCUCCUGGUACUGCCGACUUGAAGCCUAACGUUGUUGUCGCUAAGGAUGGCAGCGGAGCAUUUAAGACCAUUAGUGAGGCCUUGGCUGCCAUGCCUGCUAAAUACACCGGAAGAUACAUCAUUUACGUGAAGACUGGGGUUUACGACGAGACGGUAACCGUGGGAAAGAAGAUGGUGAAUGUUACCAUGUAUGGAGAUGGACCAGAGAAAACCGUUGUCACGGGGAGCAAAAAUUUUGUUGAUGGUGUUCGUACAUUCCAAACGGCAACUUUCGUUGCUCUAGGGGACGGUUUCAUGGCCCGAGACAUGUGUUUCAAGAACACCGCUGGUCCCGAAAAACACCAAGCUGUGGCGCUAAGAGUCCAAUCCGAUCGUUCAGUGUUCUACAACUGCCGAAUUGAUGGUUACCAAGAUACACUAUACACUCAAACCCAUCGUCAGUUCUACACAAAUUGUACAGUUUUGGGCACAAUCGAUUUCAUUUUUGGUGAUGCAUCUGCAAUCAUACAAGACUCCACGCUCAUUGUUAGAAGGCCAUUAGAUAACCAGCAAAACUCUGUCACAGCCCAAGGAAGAGCUGAUAAGCGUGAAACCACCGGACUAGUUAUACAAAAUUGUAUUAUUAAGGCAAAUUAUGCAUUGUUGCCUGUAAAGUUUAAGAUUAAGAGCUACCUUGGUAGGCCAUGGAAGGAGUACUCGCGAACAAUUAUCAUGGAAUCGAUGAUUGGAAACCUUAUAGCACCAGAAGGAUGGAUGCCAUGGCAAGGUGACUUCGCACUGAAGACAUUAAAUUAUGUAGAAUACUCAAAUAAAGGGCCAGGUGCAGCAACCGGGGCUAGGGUGAAAUGGCCUGGUUAUAAGAGUAGCAUGACUAAAGAUGAAGCCAUGAAAUAUACAGUUGAGCCCUUCCUUGGAGAUUGGGUGAAGCCUACAGGAGUUCCUGUUCAAAUCGGAUUGUACGACAAAUAAAUGAACGAUUUUUUAAAAAAAAAUGGUAUUUAUGCCUGCACAGACAUGUUAUAAACUACUUGUAAAAAUACAGCCCUUCCUGUUCAAAUCGGAUUGAGAAAUAGACUCCGUUACUUCUUGUUGUAUUGUUCUUGUUGUUGUUGUUUGUUCUGAUUUUAUCAUCAAGAAUUUUGCUUACUUUGUUUUGA